CUCUUGUUGAACUGCACCACCAUCAUCGUACUUUCGUCGUUGUCGCAAUGUCCGCUGAGAUCAUUGAAGACCCUCCUCACCUUGCACCGCUGCCGCGAUCUGCAUCGAACCCCAAGCCCAAAGGUAUUCUGAAGAAUGCACAGCCGCUUCCGGGAGCGAAGGAACACAACCUACAGUGGGAUGAAGCCAACAUUGCUCUGACAGAGAUACAGAAAGACAGUCUCAUGAAGAUAACGGAACCAAAGACUCCAUAUGUUCGUUACAAUGCAGAGACUGACGAGAUUGAAGGAGACAUCCCUGAUCUUGACCUGAAUGGUCAAUACAUUUCAGGAUCGCCCGCCCGUUCGGUGUCACCUACUGGUGCGGACGUCUCUGGGUCCUCUUCGCGUCGAACGUCGUUCUCGAGCACUGGAAGACCUUCAUCUGGACGAUCAGCGAGUACAGCUUCGAGCCGUAGCACGAGCUUCAACCUGUCUGAUGAAGCGCGGUCGGGAAUUCGUGAAGAUGGUUGCGGAAAAGAUCCGGGAAGCGAGGUUGAGCUCGACGAAGAGAUGGACGAAGAGACUGCUGCGAAGCAUGCAGCGUUUGUGCGUGCCCGAGGACGACACUACUCGAAUGAAGCUGAAGCCAUGAAGCGCGCUGCAAAGCUCAUGGCCGAGGAGGACGAUGACAAUGCUGAAGGCGACGACGACGCGUCUGACCACUCAGUUCCUCCUGUCCCCCCACUGUCAUCCAAGCUCAACGGAAUAGACCACUGAUCAGUUAGCAUUGGACUAUUUAAUUUGAGUUUCCAGACAUCUAAUUUGUAAACAUAGCUCGUAGCUUUUCCGUAUCCAAAUUCGUUCAAUCGGGAUACGUAUAUGUUCUUUAACUUUACCUAGAUACAGUACCGAUUUCGUCGCGACCGUUCUAAAAACUAAACGAUCUUGUUUUUUUUUGAAUUCGCUAGACCUGU